UUUUUGUCAUCUCAGGCGAGCACUUAUUACCAGCAUUGAUUUCUAAAAACGAAAAUUGUGCUUUUAAAAAUGUUCCAAAAUAGUGCUGCUAAACUUUUGGUGCCUGCGAUGCGUGGAGCUAUGCAAAGGCGAUGCCAAUCCGUCGUCUCCGGGCCACCAACGAAACACAUCUCCACAGCGGAGAAAGUGAUUCUUGGCGGUGGCAUGUGCGCUGCGUCCUUGUUCAUCCCGGCUUGGGUUCUCUACCACAUCCGCGACUACAAGGGUGGAAAGUAAGAGAGGCACAUCUGGAUAACUUUAAAACCAUAAAUACCAUGUUGCUUAUAAAUGUAGAUUCAAAGUUACCAUAAUAAAUUUAACUUAACUACACAAAGCGCUAAAUAAA